AUGGCGGACCAGCCAAUUAGCAAACGAGCGUGGACUCUGGAGGAGCGAAUGUUGUCAAGGAAGAAACUCUUUUUCUUUGCCGACCGCAUCGCAUGGGAGUGCAAUACUAUUGAGUCUAGCGAUGUUGUCAAUGACGGCAUCAGCCCGGCUCACGUUUCUAGAAAUCUCCCCAUCGACCAUGCCACGGACACCACCUGCAAGGUGUAUAGGACGAAGGAUAGCGAACACAGGUCCUGGACAUUCACAGUGCAGUGGUACAUGAUGCGGAAGCUGACAAAGCCGCACGACAAGCUGCGCGCCAUCGGCGGGCUUGCCGAUUACCAACAAAAGGCCCUCGAAGACCAAUACCUCGCAGGGCUAUGGAGGAUGUUCAUACCAGCCGGAUUGUUAUGGAGGAGGGUUGUCAGGCUGCAACAGGGAGAUGGGGAUAGUGGACUACAGGACCGCCCUAUAGGAUACAGAGCUCCAUCCUGGAGCUGGGCGGCCAUCGAAGGGGAGAUCAAGUAUACUGAUCUCGCUGAAGAGGGAGGGAGCGUCGAAUGUGCGGUCCUAGGGCAUACAAGGAGCAUUGAAUCGAUCAUGAAGCUUGACAUUGUCGACGCGGCUGUCACUCUCGCCUCACCCAACAAACCAUUUGGCGGCGUCACUGGCGGCUUCAUCAAAGCCACGGGUAUGAUGAAGACUAUCCAAGGUAAUUUCAAACCGACGUCACAUACAGAUUUUGGAGACAUGUUCAGGCUUGACCUUUCCACAUCACCGGAGCCCAGCUUUGUGGAUUUUUGGCCAGACUCGAUCACGGAUCUACCCCAGGACGGUCAAAAAUUGUGCUUGUUGGGAGUUGACGGUGAGGGUGAAGCUGAGAAGACUGGCGGGAGCAUGCGUAGCAAGUAUAGCUUCUAUGUUCGAGGUGUUGCCUUAGAAUCCUUGCCCGAUGGCAACUUUCAACGGAUGGGGUUCUUCGAAUAUCGAGACUCGGACUUCGAUCGGUUGAUAAGAGGAUUCCAUCGCCGAGAGGUCAAAAUUGUAUGA